UUGUUUAAAUGCUGUUUAUAAUUAGUUUUUUUCUGUCUUGUUUAGGUUGUUUUCUAAUUGUUAAUGAAUUGUUUAUUUGCUCAUAUUAAUUAUGGUUGGCACUCACCAACGCUUAGUAAUAUUAUUUGGGACACAAACCGGUAAAGCCUUGUCUCUCGCUCAAGAUAUUUUUCAAAAUUGUAAGACUAAUUUUGCUUCGUGCGAUAAUGGAAUUACAAUCCACUGUUACUCAUUCGAUUUAAUUGGGACUAAAUAUGUCAUUGAAGAUGAAACUUUGGUCAUAAUGAUUGUGCCUACCGUAGGCGAAGGGGAACCUCCUUGCAAUACUUUGCCUUUUUGGAGACACUUGUGUCGCAAAGCAAAUCCUAGAAAUAACUUUCUUAAAAAUCUUAAAUACUCAUUAUUUGCUCUUGGAAACUCAAAUUACGAACGGUUUGCUACAUUUGGUAAACAGUUGGACGAAAAGCUACAGGAAUUGGGUGGAAAGCAAUUGUAUCAAACUGCAUUUGGUGACGACUCGAUUGGAAUUGAAUUAGGCUACACUCCUUGGUUAGCUGGUUUAAUGGAGGCACUUCAUCGUGAAUUAUCAAUAGGAAAACUCAAUCAUAGCAAGGAGCAACAACUGCUGGAUGGUUCUUUAAUACAAAGUUUGAAUAUUCGCGAUGAACUGAUAACAUUUGACAAAAGCUGGCAACCUACAUCUCAUGAACUGCCAAAGACCUUUAAAAAUGAUUCAUUGUCGAUAAUUUUAAAAAAUCCUGAUGAUUUUAAUGCUGAUUGCGAAAACUUGACGUUCCCAAAGUAUCCAUUGAUGGACUCUCAUAUUUACAAAGUAAAAUUGGUUGAUUUAAAAUGUCUUGCUGGUAACAAUAUACCUGUGGAUAAAGAUGACAAAAUAAUCUUGGAAGCAACUUUUGAAGCAAACUCUGACUUUAUAGACUGGAUUCCCGGUGACGCUUUUGGAUUUAUUAUUGGUAACUCAGAUUAUGAAGUUAAUUUGGUCCUUAAAUCACUCAAACUAGAAGACAAAUCAACUUGUACUGUGGAAAUCUCUAGUUCGACUCAUUCUCAUCUACCAAAGAGAUGUACUCUAUUUAACUUGAUAAAAUAUUAUCUAGAAAUUCGAUCUAUACCCAAAAAAAGUUGUCUCAAAAUUUUGGGGGAUUAUUGUUCAAAUGAAAGUCAUCGAGAAUGCUUGCAUAAACUUGCUAGUCGGGAAGGUAUUGAAGAUUAUAGAAAAAUUAUUCGAACGAAAACAACUAUUCUCGAUAUUUUAAUCAUGUACGAUUCGUGUACACCUCCAAUCGAUAUUUUUCUUACAAUUGUUCCUGGUUUGGUUCCAAGAUUCUACUCUCUCAUGAACUUAAAAGACGAUCAAAACAAAUUCAGAGUUGCAUUCAACAUAAUAUUCUUAAAGCAAAUCAACGACAGACAGGAUACUCAACUUUUCGGAAUUUUCACUGGAUUAAUGUUUAAAAUUUGGCAAAAAGGAACAAAUAAUGGAACCAAAGAUUUUUCUCUGACAGAAGCUGCCUCUAUCUGUCCAGAAUUUUUCAGAGUUUUUCUCAAGCGAAAUGACCAUUUCAAAGUUCCUCCUAAACUUGAAUACCCUAUGAUUAUGGUAGCUAUUGGUACUGGUGUGACUCCAUUUUCAAGUUUUCUUGCUCAUCGAGAAAAAUGUCUAGCUUUAGCUGAUGAAUCAUCUGAUGUAGGAAACAGCUGGCUGUUUUAUGGAUGUCGACACUCUUUGAAAGACUUUAUUUAUUCCAAGGAGCUGGAAAAGUACAAAGCAAAAGGCGCUCUAAAUGAAUUUCAUGCUUGUUUUUCUCGAGAAAAUCCCGAUUCCCGUAUUCUCCAUGUUCAAGAUGCUAUAAUGGAUCACAAGGAAUCCCUUUAUAAACUUAUCGUUGAAAAAAAUGCUUACAUCUAUGUUUGUGGAGAUCAGGGGAAAUUUUCAAUUGACGUUUUCAAUGCAUUUGUCGAUGCUGUCCAAUCAAACCUUGGACCAGACGAAUCUGCCAAACUCCUAAUGAAUCAAAUUAGAGAUAAAGGAAGAUAUUUACAAGAUAUUUGGGCCUGAAAAUGUUUCAUGAAUUUAAAAUUUUUAUUUAAAACACAAAUUUUUCAAUUUACUAACUAUUUGAUGUGAACUGAUCCGAGUCACUUAUGCUGUGAUAUGUACACUGUGAUAUAUAAAUAUAAAUACUGUUCAGGUUUCCAUUA